AUGUCGUGGAGAGACGAUAUUCGCGUUGUUGUUGGCAUAGAUUUCGGAACUACUUAUUCGGGUUUUGCUUAUUGUCAUCUUGAAGAUGUAAAUGAAGAAAUCUAUAUAAACGAACUAUGGCCCGGGAUAACGGGGCCAUUCAAAACGAACACGGUACUCCAAUAUGACGAUGACUUUGAAAACGUUGUAUUAUGGGGUAAUCCAGCCUUAUGUAAAAAGCCGAAAACUGUUAGUAAUAAUUGGUCUGGAAUUGAUUUCAUGACAAAUGUUCUUUUGGUCCUUACUGUACCAGCCGAAUAUUCAGAAAAGGAUAAAGCCAUUAUGAGAGAAUGUUUAUUUGAAGCUGGAUUGAUUGAAAAAAGAUCUUCGGAAAAGUUACAAUUGACAACUGAACCUGAAGCCGCAGCAAUCUUCUGUAUGGAUAGUUGCUUAAAGGAACACAAACUUACAGCUCCAGGAACAAUUUUCAUGAUUGUCGACUGUGGCGGUGGUACUGUGGAUCUAACAACACGUAAAUUAUUGGGAGAGAACCAAUUAGGCGAAGUCACUGAACGAGCAGGAGAUUUUUGCGGAAGUACAUUUGUCGAAAAAGAAUUCAUCAAACUACUUGAAAAAGAAGUUGGAAGUUUAGCUGUAGAGUUAUUUAAAAAGCAGCAUUACUGUCAAAUGCAAUACAUGCUUCAAGAUUUUUGUCGAAAGGCUAAGAUACAAUUCUCUGAUGAUGAUCCGAAUUUUACUUAUGAACUAGAUCUUGAUAGUGUCGCUCCUUCAUUGAAACAAUACAUUACUGGUGAAGAGGAGGAAAUAAUGAAAGAAAGAGAUUGGGAGAUUGAAAUUGAUUUUAUCGCCAUUAAAUCCAUGUUUGAUCCGAUCGUUAACAGGAUUAUCGAUUUGAUUGGCACUCAAUUAAAAAAUUCAUCAGGAAAAUGUUCGGCUAUCUUCCUAGUUGGCGGUUUUAGCCAAUCCAAAUAUUUACAAAAAGCAAUCAAGAACAAAUUCAGUCAAGAGGUAGGAAUCAUCUCGGUUCCGACACAUCCUAUUGCAGCAGUUGUUCAUGGCGCAGCAUUGUAUGGAAAAAGUUUAAAAGACGAAGAAAACUUGGAGGAUUUGAGUAGUUCAAAACGUAUCAUAAUGACUCGUAAAUUGACUCAUACGUUCGGAGUCUUAAUAUCUCCUGAAUGGGAAAUCGAAGAUCCACCAGAACGAAUCACUCCAUGUGGAAGGAUUGAAAAAUUUCUCCUUCUCGCGAAACGUGGGACUGAUGCUACAAUUAAUCAGGAAUUUACGGAUACAUUGUAUCCAGUUUACGCGGAGCAAACAAAAUUAAAAUUUAAAGUAUACCAUACAAAAAAUCAAGACGCCGUUUAUUGUGAUGAACCUGGCAUGAAGUUGCUUGGAACAUUGCUUAUUGAUCUUCCCGACGCACAUUUAGGAACUAAGAGACCUGUUACGUUCAGCCUAUCAUUUGGUGGCAUAGAAAUUAGAGCUAAAGCUUAUAACAAAACAAAUG